CAUGAGUAGAUAUUUUCUGUGAAGGACUCGGUCGGAAUCACACUCCUUUUGAUGGUCACGUUUAGUUUUAUUCUGCUGUUCUUUAACCUUGGUUGUAAUUCAACCAAUUAAAAACACAUUUUAAACAGUGGGUUUUGCAGGAUGGCGGCCCUUACUAAAACAGAAACAAUAGCAAUGCGAAAAAGACACAUAGGAGAAUCGUGUACCUUAUUUUUUAAAUCUGAUCCGUUGAAAAUAGUACGAGCAAAAGGACAGUAUAUGUAUGAUGAACAUGAUAACCAAUAUUUAGAUUGUAUCAAUAAUGUUUGUCAUGUUGGUCACUGCCAUCCAUACGUUGUUGAAGCUGGAGCGAAACAAAUGCAAGUGCUGAAUACCAAUUCUAGAUUCCUACAUGAUAAUAUGGUCAAGUUAGCCAGAAGAUUAACUGAAACCUUACCAGAUGACCUCAAAGUUGUUUAUUUUACUAAUUCUGGAUCUGAGGCAAAUGAUUUAGCUUUGAGAUUAGCCAAGCAUCACACCAAGCAUUCUGAUAUGAUUGUUUUAAAAGGUGCCUACCAUGGACAUGUUAUUUCUCUAAUAGAUUUGAGUUCAUAUAAGCUUGAUGAUAUGAAAGAUGGAGUUCACAAGGCACCUAGUUCUGUACAUAUGGCCGCAUGUCCUGACACAUACCGUGGUAAAUAUAGAGAUGAUGAACACCCAGGCAAGGAUUUAGGAAAGAUGUAUGCUGAUGAUGUCAAAGAAAUCAUUGAUUCUAUCCAUGAAAAGGGAAACACGGUCAGUGGCUUUAUGGCAGAAUCUAUGCAAAGUUGUGGAGGACAAAUCAUCUACCCUGAUGGAUACUUAGAGAAAGUAUUUAAAUAUGUUCAUCAAGCUGGCGGGAUCAAUAUUAUGGAUGAGGUUCAAGUUGGAUUUGGAAGAGUUGGAUCCCACUUUUGGUCUUUUCAAGCUCAAGGUGUUGUACCUGAUAUUGUUACAAUGGGUAAACCAAUGGGUAAUGGUCAUCCAAUAGCAGCAGUUGUUACAACUAGAGAAAUAGCAGCAAGUUUUGCUGCCUGUGGUGCAGAAUAUUUUAACACUUAUGGUGGUAAUCCAGUUUCAUGUGCGAUUGGUCUGGCCGUAUUAGAUGUUAUAGAGAAUGAAGAUUUACGAGGAAAAGCUGUUCAAGUUGGUCAAUAUUUCUUAGAUAAACUAAAUAACAUGAAGAAAACAUAUACAUUGAUUGGAGAUAUCAGAGGACAUGGUAUGUUUGUUGGUAUUGAUUUAGUAAAUGAUAGAAAAACACGGGAACCAGCUACAGAAGCUGCAGAGUAUGCUGUUUCCAGAUUAAAAGAGGAGCGAAUACUCUAUAGUAGAGAUGGACCCCAUAUGAAUGUUCUUAAAUUCAAACCACCAAUGUGCUUUACCAAAGACAAUAUAGAUUUUUUGUGUGAGAAACUUGAAGUGAUUUUUGAUGAGCUUAAGAGUGGAAAUCUCAAACCAAUGUGUACACAGGAAAAAAAUACCAAUAAUUCAAAUGAUAUUCUUAUAGAUGAUGGUCCACCAAAUAAGAAAGUUUGUAUAGGACUUGAUACUCAAGUUUGCUGAGUUCAAAUAGAACAUCCAUAUUAUCAAAAGUUGAACAGGCUGAAACAGUCUGAAUGAGAAAGAAAUAUUUAUGUCCUGAUUUGCCUUAUUAGCAGUCGAGAAUUCAGGCCAUGACUGCCUUAGUGAAAUUUAAUGGCUAAAAAUAACUCUGAAUUUGAGAUGCAGCAAUGAUUGAGAUACUUGAUACCCUUUGAAUGUAAAUAACAUAUGCGUGCAUGUAAAGUAGAACGACUUUAACAUGAUUGAUUCAAAUAUAAAUGUAGAGAUCUUUUCUAAAACAAAAUUCCAGACUUUAGGAUAGACUGGGCUGGUUUUGGGCCAGGAACGGGUCGCCAGUACACUAAUCAUCUUCUUGUUGUUUUUGUUGACGGCAACACUCCUUCAAAACGUCAAUUCAAGUACUAUCAACUUGAUACUCGGCAUACAGUCUUUGAUUGUUGAUGUGAUGCGACAAUUCCAAGAUGACGGCGAUGUUAUCAUACUCAAUUCCUCUUCCAAUUGUUUUUGAAAAGAGCUCUUUAUAUUGUUUAAUAUUAUGUUCUAAUUUCAUAGUUAAAUUUAUAUUUUACCUUAGAGAGAUUAUGUAGACAGUUGUAGGUAGUAUGUUUGUAUGAUAUUGUACAUAACUUAAAGUAAUAAUUGUUAUGUUAAUGAGUGCAUUGGAUUUGUUAGUCUUGUUAUGUUUAUUUCUAAGUUUAUUGUAAAACCCCUAAUAAUAAUAAUAAUGUCACACCAAUUUUCUUUUCUGCUUAGUCUUCAUAAAUAAAUAGCCAUUUGAAUUGUGGUAUUGGGAUCUCUUAACCUGCCGACAAACUGGAAAAUCUACAUUCUUCGGAACCCACGAAAAAAAACUUCAAUUUUCAAUAAGGCUCAAUCAGAAAAUGCUUCAAAGUCGUUCCCCGAAGAAUGAAAAAUCAAAUUGGUGUGGCCUAUAAAUUUUAUUGAGUGUAUGGGAUUUGUAAGUUGUAUUAAUGUGUAUUAUUAUUAAACUUUUUAUUCUUUAAUUUUUGUGCUUAUUGGGGAAUUUUAAAAUAUUUACCAAGGAAUUGGUUUACUGCAUUCUAAUAAGUCUUGUAUUGGUAUUAACAUCAUAUUUUAUGUUAUUGUUUUAUUAUUCUAUGUUUUUAAAUCUUUUUUUUAUUGCUUUAAAUUUUCAGUAUUAUCAAUAAAAUUAAUAAAUAUACGAUCAAUUCUGAAAUGGAUGAUAAAUGAAAUGAAACGGGGUUUAACAUCCUACUUUUCGAAAUAUAUCAUAAAUGCACUCAAAGUAAUUCAAAAUUAUGUUCUGUUUAAAAAUGAAAAUAGUUCACUAAAUACCAAAAUUUAAAUGAUGUAUUCAUUAUUUGUGAGGAAGGACAACAACAGUAUGAAUGAAUUUAUUACUAAUCUACACAAAUUACCCAUCUAGAUAAUUUAAUAACAUGAAAUAAAAUUCCACCAGAUUAAAGAAAUAGUGAUUGUGCUUUAGAUCAUAAGGUCUGUCAUUGAGUCAAGUGAGGUGGUUGUGAUCCUUAGCUUUUAUGUGACAAGGAAUAAGGUCGGCUGUCCAAGUCCAAUACAUUGUAGCUUAUUUGCAGUUUCCUCCCACUGCUAAAGAUUUCUGGUAGAAGUGAAUUAUUAAAAUAAAAUUGUAACAUGUUAGUCCCAAAAUGACCUAGUUUGUAUGGUGUGGACAUUGAAUUAAACUCCAUUAAAAAAAAACACAAAAAAAAACCAAAUCCUCUGCAUUUAGAAUUAAAAGUUAAUUUUGAUUUUGCUUUUUGUUACUUCCCCAGCUUUAAUAUUUAAUUGUUAUGAAUUUACAAGUAUUGUCAAAUGAAAUAGAUAUUAUACAUGUAAUAAAAUUAUUUUAUAAAUUGA